AUGGCGGUCCCCGGCAAUGCGACCAGAAAAGGACAUCUUGAGGUUACAAGCCAGGCUACGCCGGACAUUGAGGACAAUGCAGAAACAACAACACCCGACGUCUAUCGUCCGGCAAAAUGGCAAAGCACCGUAACUAUCGUGGGCUGUUACAUCGCCAAUUUCAGCGACGGAUUUCAAAACUCCCUGGCCAACCCGACCAAUGUCAUUUUCAAGAAGCUGUUAGGGCCGAGGGGCUACACGUCUGAAAUGAAAUCUCGAAUUAGCAACUCCCUCAUUAUCGGAGCCAUUCUGGGGAUUGUCGUGUUCGGGUACACCUCGGAUAUGUUCUCACGCCGUGGCGGACUACUUUUCACCUCCUCUCUAGUCGCCAUAGGCACUUUGAUGUCGACAUUGGCCUUGCAAGUGCACCCAUCCCACAACAUGCUGUGGUACUUUGUGAUAGUUCGAGGAAUCACUGGGUUUGGCGUUGGGGGAGAGUACCCUCCUAGCGCUGCAGCAGGCAUCGAAGAGUCGAACGAUUUUGUGAAAAAAUAUCGAGGUCCACUUUUUGUGUCCUUCACUACGCUGAUGGCCACUCUCGCGGGCCCCAUCUUGAUGAUCAUCUACUUGAUCUGCCUCAUUGCGAGCGACAAUAACCUCACCAUCACCUUCCAUGCCAUCUACUCGAUUGCGACCAUUCUGCCUAUAACCAUCAUCCUCCUUCGCCUUUUCAUGGCAGACUCAUCGCUGUUUCAUUAUUCAAACCUUACCCGCCAGCGGCGGUCGAUACGAAUCUACCUGCUUCUUGCUCGUCGAUACUGGUGGCGCAUCCUCACCAUCUCGGUGGCCUUUUUCCUGUAUGAUUUUAUCAACUUUCCCAACAGCAUCAUGUCAAGCACCAUUAUUUCCUCGCUGGUUCAAGACCACCACAUCCGUGUCACGGCCAUCUGGCAAGUUAUCCUCGCCGUUCUCCCUGUCCCCGGAGUUGUCGUUGGUGCCUGGCUUACCAAUGUAAUCGGACGUCGAAAAACCGGCAUGGUCGGCUUUGCAGGGUAUGUUGUCUUAGGAUUUAUCAUUGGCGGAACAUACGACAAACUUUCACAACAUAUUGCGGCUUUCGUCGUGCUAUAUGGCCUGCUACAGGCAUGUGGGCACAUGGGGCCGGGUGCCACCAUCGGGUUGACUUCUUCCGAGUCCUUUCCCACGGCCAUGCGGAGUAUGGGCUACGGUAUUGCCACGGCCUUUGGCCGAACCGGUGCGGCAGUGGGCACGCAAUGCUUCACUCCGCUUCAGGACCGAGCAGGAAACAGCUCAACUUUUUACGUGGCUGGUGGGGUGGCCGUGCUAGGAAUAUUGGUCUACUCUCUAUUGCCAGAGAGUGGGGAAAUUGAUCUGGAGAAGGAAGACCAAGACCUCAAGGAAUACUUGCUGCAGCAUGGGUUUACAAUAGACGCCAAGAGCUAG